UCCCAAGGGCGAGGGGAGGGCUCGGCCUCUCGCGCUUAGUUUCCCGGUUUCUCCCAGACUCUAGGUCUCUGGGUUCUUCUCAGCGAGUGCCCAGGGGUGGCAGAGCCUCCGAAAGCUUUCUGGCAGAUUUUCUCCAGUAAGAGGUGGCUUUUGAAACUCUGCAGAAACGAGUGUGGUGUGUGAUUUCAAGGCACGAUGGCUGCAAAAGUGUUUCCUAUGCCCCCAAAGCCAAAGCAGUCUUUUAUACUGAGAGUUCCUCCAAACUCCAAGCUAGGCCAAGACCUACUUCGAGAUGCUACUAGUGGGCCCAAGACCAUCCACCAACUGGUUCUGGAGCACUUCCUCACCUUUUUGCCCAAGCCAGGACUAGCCCAGCCCAGUCAGAAAGUCAAAGAGACCUUGGUUAUUAUGAAGGAUGUGAGCUCAGAUUUUCAGAACAGAGUGCAACCUCGUCCCUUAGUGAAGCUUCUGACCAGAGAAGGAAUCCAGCAGAAACAGGAGACAGUAUCUCUGUGUUUGAAAGCUGAGCCUGAGGAGCUCGUGGUCUUUGAGGAUUUGAAUAUAUUUUACUCCCAAGAAGAAUGUGUAAGCCCAGAUCCUACUCAACAUCCCACCUCAGAGAAGGAAGAAGACACUGUUGGAGAGAUGAUGUUAAUGGUCAAUGAUGACAAUAAUCCUGAGAGUGAAGAUCAGAGAGAAAAGUCUUCAGAUUGUGAUGAGAUUGAUUGUUCCAUGGUCUCUGAGCAACCUCCAGAUUGCCAUAAAGAAAAAAGACUAAGUACAUCCAUUCCAAAUGAAAGGAAAAUGAGAAAUCUUUUAGUUACCAUUGAAAAUGAUACUCCACUAGAGGAACUCUCAAAAUUUGUGGAUAUCAAUAUCAUUGCACUUAACCGAAAUCGAAGAACAAGAAGAUGGUACACUUGUCCACUGUGUGGGAAACAGUUUAAUGAGAGUUCUUACCUUAUUUCCCACCAGAGGACUCACACAGGAGAAAAACCCUAUGACUGUAGUCACUGUGGGAAAAGCUUCAAUCAUAAAACAAACCUUAAUAAACAUGAACGAAUCCAUACAGGAGAGAAACCUUAUGCAUGUUCAAAGUGUGGGAAAAAUUUUCGUCAAAAUUCUCAUCGUAGUCGCCAUGAAGGAAUCCACAUAAGGAAGAACCUAUUUAAGUGUCCAGAAUGUGGGAAAACCUUCCUGGAGAACAAAGAAUUUGUGCUUCAUCUACAGAGUCAUGUGGCUGAGAGGCCUUAUGGUUGCAAAAAGUGUGGGAGAAGAUUUGGUCGGCUGUCAAACUGCACCCGCCAUGAAAAAACCCACUCAGCAUGUAAGACCCGAAGGCAGAAGUGGGAUCGGGAAAGGUCAGAUGGUCCUGCCUCCACCUGAGAUGUUUCAUAAGGAAUUCUGAAUUCCCAGGCUGUCUGAAAAGAUACAGAUAUGUGAAAACUUCAUAAUAGCCCAAAUUGGAUAAAUACGCACCUUGCCUGAAGCCUCAAAUUUUUAGGAAAUUCACAGUGAAGAAAAUAUCCUCAAAGUCUAUACCUCAAUUAACAUCCAGGCUUUUUUAGACUAAGGAGCUUUCCUUUGUGAACUUACACAAUAUACAUAGAGGUCUGCAAAUAUGAGUCUGCAAAGUGAACAGAGCAACUCGUGUACUGAAAGUAUAUCCAUUUUCCCACCACAUUGAAUUCACAUUUGAGAAAAGAUAAAUAAUGCAAAAGUCCUUUUCUGGACUGGUGUGCUCCUGAAAGGCCUAAACUACUGAUUCGGUAGACCAACAGCUUCUAUUAGUUUGUUAACCCUCUAAGAACAACAUCCUGUUAAAGCUUGAGUUUUGAAAGGGAUUGUUUGCUUUGGAAUAUAGGAAAAUACAGCAAUUGAAUAUCAAAGGCUUACUCUGUCAUUUGUGAUCUAAACUAUCAAUUUCAAUAAUGUUUGCAACUUGUGUUCAAUAAUGUUGCAACAACGUAAUUUUAAAAUGUCUACAUUCUUACUCUUUGUUCACCUAGUAAUUGUUCAAACAGCUCUCUGAUGCCUUUCCCUUGCCACAAAAGAAGUUUAGAUCACUCAGGUCCAGCCACCCAAUCCCACUACUGGAAAAGCUCUUCAGAAUCUUGCUGCUCUGCUGGGCCAAGACUUGCUAGGAAGAAAACCCCAAGAGCCUGAAAAGGAGGAGAGAAGCUCACUAGUUUGGAACUAUGGUUGCUCAAUAUCUUUACCAUAUGCUUAAUUCCCCUCUGAGCAGUUAGACCUUUGGCAAUGGGUGGUCGCUACCUCACAAGCAAAGUGUUUUAUUUUUAGAAAUUAUGUCUCCAGUGGCUAGCUCACAUUUUCCCUCAAGAAACAGGAUUCCAGUAUUUUCAUUGUAGGUAUUUGUUCUCUUUGGCCUCCUGAUAUCCAGACUUUCCUGACUUGUCUUUCCAGAGGCAAGGUGUCUUCCUGGGACCAGUCCUAUGGUGUGUGAGUUUAAGGAUUCUUGAUCAGCUUUACACUUUCUAGGUUUCCCAAAUUUUUUCAUUGGUAUUUUGAUUGGAAUAAGUUGAUCCUCUAAACUAUUUGGAAAACUUGUUAACUUUACAAAUUUUGUUUCCCAUUCAGAACCAUGCCUUUUCAUUUAUUUAUUCCUGAGUAAAUUUUUCUCAUUUUUUAUUGUAAAU